CCAGAGGAGUCCCCGAGCCCGCGAAGAAGCCGCUCGUGGGCUGGCCCGACCGCCGCCCCUGGGACCUCAGGACAGUCUCUCCCUCUGGGGACUGCACGGUCCUCGUUGGUCAGAUCGCCGCUCCUCGCCCGCCUGAAGGCCGGUCUCCGACCGCGAACGCCUGAUCGACCCCACCAGCGGCAGCGAGUGCCCAGCGCCCCGGCUGCCUGAGGAGGCGGCCACGCCCCGCGACCACACCCAGGCGGCUUUCCGGCCCGACGGCUCCUGCCUUAGCCACCGGCCCUCUCUCGCCUUCUGUGCAGCGACGCGACGCCCUGUUUGCAGGCGGCGGACCCCUACCCGAGACGCAAGAUGGCGGCGGCCGCGUGACUGAGCAUCCCCGAGGCUCCGCUCCCGAGGACGCGCCGACGGACUGGUUUGGGGGGCAGGGUGCCGGGCGAUAGCAAGACUCUGGUGCCAUUUGUUAACCUUGAGUUCGUGUGUAGCUUGCCUUCCUCGGGCCUACUUGGGAGGAGUGUUGGUAUUGUUCUAAGUCCUAGAGCACCGCGAGCCUACGUCUAAUCCGUGUUUGUAGAAUUGGCGCCCUUGAUAGUUGGGAAAAUGGCGAUGACACUGUUGGAAGACUGGUGCAGGGGGAUGGAUGUGAACUCCCAGAGAGCUUUGCUGGUCUGGGGGAUUCCAGUGAACUGUGACGAGGCUGAAAUCGAAGAGACCCUCCAGGCUGCAAUGCCCCAGGUGCCCUAUCGAGUACUUGGGAGAAUGUUCUGGAGGGAAGAGAAUGCGAAAGCAGCUUUGUUAGAGCUCACUGGCGCUGUCGAUUACGCCGCGAUCCCCAGGGAGAUGCCAGGCAAAGGAGGGGUCUGGAAAGUGGUCUUUAAGCCCCCAACUUCCGAUGCUGAAUUUUUAGAAAGGUUGCACCUCUUCCUAGCUAGAGAGGGGUGGACCGUGCAGGAUGUUGCCCGUGUCCUCGGGUUUCAGAACCCUACUCCGGCCCCAGGCCCAGAGAUGCCAGCAGAGAUGCUAAACUAUAUUUUGGAUAAUGUUAUUCAGCCUCUUGUUGAGUCCAUAUGGUACAAGAAGCUGACGCUGUUCUCCGGGAGGGACAUCCCUGGUCCUGGGGAGGAAACCUUUGAUCCCUGGCUGGAGCACACUAAUGAGGUCAUAGAAGAGUGGCAGGUGUCUGACGUGGAAAAGAGGCGGCGGUUGAUGGAGAGUCUUAGAGGCCCCGCUGCUGAUGUUAUUCGCAUCCUCAAGACCAACAACCCUGCGAUAACCACUGCUGAAUGCCUGAAGGCACUUGAGCAGGUGUUUGGGAGCGUCGAGAGCUCUAGGGAUGCGCAGGUCAGAUUUCUGAACACUUAUCAGAACCCGGGUGAAAAGUUAUCUGCCUAUGUCAUUCGCCUGGAGCCUCUCUUGCAGAAGGUGGUGGAGAAGGGGGCCAUUGAUAAAGAUAACGUGAACCAGGCGCGCCUGGAGCAGGUCAUUGCCGGGGCCAACCACAGCGGGGCCAUCCGAAGGCAGCUGUGGCUGACCGGAGCUGCGGAAGGGCCGGCCCCAAACCUCUUCCAGUUGCUGGUGCAGAUCCGGGAAGAGGAAGCCAAGGAGGAGGAGGAGGAGGCUGAGGCAGCCCUCCUGCAGCUAGGCCUGGAGGGGCACUUCUGAGUCCCAGAAAGGCAGCUUUAGUUCAGACCUAGAUCACAGUUGCUUCCUAUUCCCGGGGGAGUCUUAAGGGUGUGUCUCUGAGUAGUAAAGACUUAGCCUGUUACAUUUUUGGGGGUUUUUUUGGGGGAGGGGGUAUGGGGGUAGUCAGGCCUGCAUAUUCAUGUAACAUUUGUAAAAUUGUGCAAGCGAGCACCAUGAGCUGCUGCAAUACAGGUGUGGGUCAUGUUGGCGAAAAUGCCAGGUAAAGGUUUGGACACAAGUGCUCAGUGCAAGCUGUCAUCAUAGUAUCAUCAUCAGUUGUGGAAAAACAUAUGAACCAGUGACACUUCCCGUGGAGAUAAUUAAAUGUGAAAUUGCAUGUUCAGAUGUUUAAUGCAGGGCCUGGCUCAUAGGAAGCAUUUGGUAAAAAUGUGAAUUGUUAUAUUGCUACUGAUAUCGUGGAUAGUGUUUACUGUAAAUUGUUCCAGAUUUAUAUUAAUGGAAAGAAAUGUGAAUUUAUUAGAUAUUACUCAACUUUACAAUGCAAAUUUCUCAUCUUUAAACGUGGAUCAGUUUAACUGAAAAGUAUUCUGAGACUACAUAAUGGGGUGUUAGAAAAAUACUGCAAUUAUGAGGCCGUGUAAAUCGGAUUUUCAUCGUAUAAGAUACAGAUAAUAAAUCGCAUGGGGAGGUUGAUAUGACCCAUUUACAGUAAUCUAUUUCCCGUUUCAAAUCUUUGUCAUGGAAUAGUUCUUGUUCAUACUGAGUGUUCUAAAUUUGAAGUUAUCAAAUAGAAGUAUACAAAUAAAAAUAUUUUAAAAAUUC